GGUGCGGCACGAGUGACUGCGGCUGCGUGCGGUACUAGUGACUGUGGCUGCGGCAAGACUAGACUGACAGAAGUGAGGGAGAACCUGUCUUUUAAUCAUGCCUACUGUCUCUGUUAACCGAGAUGCACUCUUUAAGGCUCUUGGUAAAACAUAUUCGGAUGAAGAAUUUGAUGAGCUGUGCUUCCAGUAUGGGUUGGAGGUAGAUGACAUAGUUGAUGAGCCGGAGAAAGGAAUCACGUACAAGAUUGAAGUUGGAGCUAAUCGUUAUGACCUUUUGUGUAUCGAGGGAAUUGCCCGUUCUCUGUCGGUGUACUUGGGGAAGGAGUCUCAACCCAACUAUCGUGUGUUGCCGCCCAAGGAACCAGAGAAUUACAAGCUCAUAGUGAAGCCUUCAACUAGCCAGGUGCGUCCAUACGUGGUUGGAGCCGUCUUAAGGAAUAUAAAAUUCACUCAGGCCGUAUAUGAUUCUUUCAUAGAUCUACAGGACAAGCUGCAUCAGAACCUGGCCCGUAAACGUACCUUAGUAGCAAUUGGCACCCAUGAUUUAGACACCAUCAUAGGACCUUUUAUAUAUGAUGCAAGACCACCACAAGACAUUUCAUUUGUGCCUUUGAACCAGACUCAAGCUUAUAGAGCGGACAAACUUCUGGAAAUGUACUCAUGUGAUUCACAUCUUAAGGAAUAUGUACCCAUUAUAAAGGACAAACCUGUGUAUCCAGUAAUAACUGACCAGAAGGGGGUUGUGUUGUCCCUGCCACCCAUCAUCAAUGGUAACCACUCCAAGAUUACUCUAAAUACACGUAAUGUUUUCAUCGAGUGUACUGCUACUGAUCGUUACAAGGCUCAGAUUGUAUUGGACACUCUUGUGUGUAUGUUCUCAGGUUACUGUGACCAACCUUACACUGCCGAGUCUGUUCAGGUUGAAUAUCCUGAUGGAGAGAAGGUCCAGUACCCAAAACUGCAGUACCGUCAGCAAGUGGCGUCUGUUUCUUAUUGCAACAUAUUGGCCGGAGUGAGUGAAAAGGCAGAGGACAUUGCAAAAAUGCUUACCUCGAUGAGUCUUUCAGCUGAUCCCGAUGGCCAGGACAAAGUUGUGGUUAAGGUGCCUCCAACUAGGUAUGAUGUUCUUCAUGAGUGUGACAUAGCUGAAGACUUUGCUGUAGCUUAUGGGUUUGACCGGUUGGCAGCUGACAUGCAGAUGCCCCCUACAAAUACCAUUGGCCAGGAAUUUGAACUGAACUAUCUCAGUGAUAAAUUGAGGCUAUUGAUGUCUCAGAAUAACUACACAGAAGUUGCCACUUUCUCCUUAUAUUCAAAGAUGGAUAUGGGGGAAAGAAUGAGGGUUAACCUAGAUAAUGAAUCGUGGGUUAAAGUUGCCAACCCCAAAACCACAGAGUGCGAGGCUGUGAGAAUUAGCCUUUUACCCGGGUUAAUGAAAACUUUAGCGGCUAACAAGCACAUCUCUCUACCUCUGAAGUUAUUUGAGGUCGCUGAUGUAGUGUUUCGUGACAGUUGCCCCACUACAACUAGAGGUACUGGGGCCCGUAAUGAACGACACCUGUGUGCCAUUAACUACAACGUUAAAGCUGGUAUAGAAAUAGUUCAGGGUCUCUUGGACAAUAUAAUGAUUGCUCUCAAGGUCCCUUUCACUCCUGACAACAGCGCACAGGGAUAUUAUCUAGAAGGCAAAGACCAUCCAAGUUAUUUCCCUGGAUUCUGUGGCAAUGUGAUAGUCAAUGAUGUGGCUGUUGGCCAGAUAGGACUCAUCCACCCAGAGGUUAUCACCAACUUCAACCUCAACAAUCCUGCUGCUGCUUUUGAAAUUAAUAUUGAGAAAGUUUUAGAAAUCACAAAUUUUGGGCAUUGAUUAUAAAACUGUGUCAUAAUUCUCCAUAUUGUAUCUAUAUUUUGUCAAGUAAAAUAACUUUUGUGUGUUGAAACUACAGUACUGUUGUGGAUGUUGAACUUAUCAAAGUAAUUUUGUGGAUUAGCUUCAUAGUGUUAAUGACCACUAGUAGUUGAAGACCUCAUGAGUUUGUUUAGGAAAUUUACUGAAAAUUUCUGUUUUUUUUUCAUUUGACUCACAGAUAAAGGAAGUAAUUAUUAUUGAUUCACAUGAAAAAAAGCCUUACAAGAUCGCACAGGAUACCUUGGCAAUACUGUACUACUGUAUACCGUGGGAUAUGUACAGUAGAAGUAAAGGAACAUGAAAAUUUGUGUAAGGCAGAAGGAAAUAUAAUGUAAAUGGAAAUAUAAUACUUCUGAUACAUACUGCACUGUGAAUGUUGGGAAAAUAUGACGAUUGUAUUGUUGAGGCAAGAAUGUAAAAAACAUUACCGUUACUGUGUACGUGAUUACCAGGGCUAUGCAAUAUAAAAUAAUAUUAAAAUUU